CCAAGAACUCUCUACAACCAGCAUUUUUAUCAUCACUAAUCAUAUCACUGUUGAAAUUCAAUUGAGGGAAGAACUGAAAAUAAUGAUUAAAAUUAAACCAGCGGAUGGGAGGCCAACGCCGAUGCCGACGUCGGCGAGUUCCGCAACGAUCGUGUCGUUCAUAUCCAAGGGUUUGAAGGAGAUGCGUACCUCUGCCGAUGCGGAAUUUGAGCUCAUCAGAAUUAGAGCCAACUCUUUUUUUAAUCUCGCCGACAGAGGGCUGGAACACUUCAUCAACUCCACUUCGUUCACUGUCCCGACACUUACGUCCUCUGUUAGUACAACCCAGACAGAGAUUGACUUCGUGAAAAAGCUCCGCCCGAAAUUGUCGGAAUUCCGAAGGGCUUACUCUUCUCCGGACUUCAAGUGGGGCACGAAUGGGAAGCUUCGGAUUAACUUGUCCGCUAUUAGAAACGCGAUAGUGUCGGAGGCCGAGGACAAGGAUGGAAGUGUAAAUUGGAGGACGUGGAGGAAGUUAAGGUUCACGGAAGGAGGGGUGACAGAGGAAGCACAGUCCUGUGAACUCAACUGGGAACCGAUUAAGGGAUUUAAGGCUUUCCAGGCGCGAUGCAAGGAGAUUGAGGCGGAGCUCAAGACCACAGGCCCUUCAACUGCGGAGAUUUUUGAGGGGAUUAAGAAUAGUCAAUUUGUGGGAAAAGUGAAAUCAAGCCUGAAGUCAAUUUGCAAGGAACCAUCUGAAAUAACGGAAGUGCGAUCAUCGGAUGUGCCCGAUAUAUUGGCAUAUUUUGUUAGACAGUCCAGCCCAUUCUUGGACCAGCUUGGAAUUAGAAGAGAAACAUCAGAAAAGAUGGUCGAUAGUUUGUGCAAUAAACGAAAGAACCAGAUUUUAAGGUCGUCUUCAACCGAAGGAGAGUCCUCCAUUGUUGAAGGGGGUAAUAUUAUGGACGACCUAGAUCUAAGAAUUGCCACUGUUGUACAAAGUACAGGUCAUAGUAACGAAGGGGACAGUUUGACUGAUCCAACAAAAAAGAACCAUCCCAAUGGUAAAAGGCAUGUAGCCAUUGUCACAACGGCUAGCCUUCCUUGGAUGACGGGAACAGCUGUGAACCCGCUAUUCCGAGCUGCUUAUUUGGCCAACUCAGCAAAGCAGAACGUCACAUUGUUGGUUCCUUGGCUUUGUAAGUCUGACCAAGAGCUUGUGUAUCCAAACAAUCUCACAUUUAGCUCUCCUGAAGAGCAUGGGCAUUAUAUACGCAACUGGGUUGAGGAGAGGGUGGGUUUUAAGACCGAUUUCAAGAUCUCAUUUUAUCCUGGAAAGUUCUCAAAAGAAAGGAGAAGCAUAAUACCUGCUGGAGAUACUUCUCAGUUCAUCCCAUCAAGGGAUGCUGAUAUUGCAAUAUUGGAGGAGCCAGAACACCUCAACUGGUACCAUCAUGGUAAACGCUGGACUGAUAAAUUUAACCAUGUUGUCGGCAUUGUUCACACAAAUUAUUUGGAGUAUAUCAAGAGAGAGAAGAAUGGGGCUCUUCAAGCAUUCUUUGUUAAGCAUAUAAAUAAUUGGGUAACUAGAGCGUAUUGCCACAAGGUCCUUCGCCUUUCUGCUGCUACACAAGACUUGCCAAAAUCUACUAUAUGCAAUGUACAUGGUGUCAACCCUAAAUUUCUUAAAAUUGGAGAAAAAGUUGCUGCAGACCGUGAACAUGGAGAGAAAGUAUUUUCAAAAGGAGCAUAUUUCUUAGGCAAGAUGGUUUGGGCAAAAGGGUACCGAGAAUUGAUUGAUCUCUUGUCGAAGCACAAAAAGGAUCUAGAAGGGUUCAACUUGGAUGCUUUUGGCAACGGGGAAGAUGCUCAUGAAGUUCAGAGUGCUGCCAAACGGUUGAAUUUAAAUGUCAACUUCAUGAAAGGCAGAGAUCAUGCUGAUGAUUCUCUUUUUGGUUACAAGGUGUUUAUAAACCCCAGCAUAAGUGACGUGCUAUGUACUGCAACAGCCGAGGCUCUUGCAAUGGGCAAAUUCGUAGUGUGCGCGGACCACCCAUCAAAUGAGUUCUUCAGGUCAUUCCCCAACUGCCUGACGUACAAAUCCCCAGAAGAGUUUGUAGCCAAAGUCAGAGAAGCAAUGUCACGCGAGCCUCUCCCUCUCACUGCCGAGCAAAGGUAUGAGCUCUCAUGGGAGGCCGCCACUCAAAGAUUCUUAGAAUGUUCUGACCUUGAAAGGGUUUUGAAUAGCAGUGGGAAGAAGAAAGGGGGAAUUGUGAAAUCAAUUUCAAUGCCCAAUCUUGGAGAUAUGGUUGAUGGCAGCUUGGCCUUUGCCCAUUAUUGUCUCACCGGGAGCGAGCUUUUGAGGUUGUGUACCGGCGCUAUUCCUAAUUCUCUUGACUAUAGCAAAGAACAUUGUAAAGAUCUGAACAUUCCUCAUCGUCAAGUGGAGAACCCAGUGUAUGGGUGGUAAGUAUAGGUGUAUAAGAUAGAUACUUGAGAGAGAGGGUUGCAAGUAUAGGUGGUUUUUGUUUCUCUUGUUGCUGGGUUGCAUGGUAUAUUCGCGUGUGUAAUAUAUACCUAUUUUUAAAUGAAGCGCAUUGUUACAGGUUCUUGUUGACACUCUUCUAUAGUUCUAUGUAAUGAGCUGCGCAGUUUAGGAAAUGAAAACCGCAUAUAUGAUAAUCAAAUGCUG